UAAAUUCAACGAUGUGGAAUAACAGGAUUUUAAGCGAAGGUUAACUAUUGAAUUUGUAACAUCAAAUGGCGACAUUGAGAGUAGUUCCAGUAUUGAUGGUUAUAACAACAUUAUGCAGAGCAGUUGGUUGUAUGUCCCCAUGCGAUGAAGUCUCAGACAUAUGCUCAACUGCAAGUUCUUCGCCACUGUUUGAAGAUUACUCACGUUCACAAAACUGCAUUUAUAACUCUACCUAUAACUUAAGUGAUCAAAACGUAAUCCAAAAGUGGUACAAGUCUAAUGUUAGCAUGCUAACACACUGUCCAGAGCUACUGGAAUGUGGGGCAGUGUAUCCCUUAUGGUUAAAUGGAACUAUACCAAUUGAAUCAGAUGGUGCUGUAAACAGAACCGUUUGUAGACGGGGAAGAAGAGUGACGCAUUGCUGUGAUAAAACCUAUGAUAUUAGAAUACAGAACUGCAGCACAUUCAUAGCCUACUGCCUAUUACCUGCAACGGAAAUUGACGAGAGAUAUUGCUUUGGAGAAAGUGGAACCUGUGUAGCUCCUCCCACUAAGAAAUACAACAGCACAAGUCAAAAAGGAGAAGACAAUAUGGAGGACGAUACGACUACUCUGGCUGUGGUUAUCGUCUCCUUUAAUUUGAUCGGUGUCAUAUUGAUAGUGGCCUUUUUACUGAAAUAUUUUACUUUACGGGAAUUGCCAUGUUCUUUUUAACAAAACGUCUUGCCCAGGAAUAGAUAAAAUUCCGUUUGAUCUGCAGGGAUUACAUCAAAUGAAAUUAUUUUUGGUUAUGGAGAGAGAGA